CAUUCAAAGUAAUUCAAUUUUCAGGAAGCAGAAUUCCAAAUCAAUGAAACUACCGGGUCGAUCAGCAAAAUAAUCAUGAAUAAUAUAUCUCUAGACUUCAACCAAGAAUUUCUUUACUACAAAGGAUUCGUUGGUAACAAUGAGGUUUUUGCGAAUAGAUCAUCAGGUGCAUAUAUAUUUCGACCAUACGGCAAAGCUUCUAGUAUAGAAAACCGAAACCAAGUCAAAAUCUACUUGGGCAACCUGGUUUCUGAAGUACAUCAACAGUACAAUGACUGGAUCAGCCAAAUAAUUCGAGUCUAUAGCGGAGAAACAUACGUUGAAUUUGACUGGAUCGUUGGACCUAUACCCACUGACGACGCUCAUGGAAAAGAAAUCAUUACGAGAUACACGACUCCUUUGGACUCCAACUCUUUAUUCUACACGGACUCGAAUGGGCGUGAAACUCUUACAAGAAUACGUAAUUUCCGACCGACUUGGAAUUUGAACCUCAAAGAACCAGUGGCGGGAAAUUACUAUCCAGUUACCUCCAAAAUAUCAAUCAGAGAAAAGGAUCUUGAAGUCGCUGUGCUAACUGAUAGAGCUCAAGGAGGUUCAAGUUUGGAGGACGGACAAAUUGAACUUAUGCUACAUAGAAAGUGUUUACAUGAUGAUGCAUUCGGUGUUGGUGAAGCUUUGAAUGAGACUGCUUUCGACAAGGGAUUGGUCACUAGAGGAUCACACUAUGUCAUUUUUGGUACAAAAAAGAAUCCGUCUGGUGAGUACAAUAUUCUGAG